AUGAGGGCAAGGACGUUGUUUGUUCACUGCUGUAUCUCUGGUGUCUGGGGUGGUGCCUCGCUUGUGCUGGACGGUCGGCCACUUAGCCGAAAGAGCUCAGAAGUGGAGUAUAUUAACAAAUACAGACAGCUUGAAGCACAAGAAUUUGAUAUGUAUGGCAGUGAUCAUUCAACCAGUGGGCCAGGUGCAAGGCCAUCUUCGGCUAAAUUAAGCAAUGUGACAUGCAUCCCAGAGACAAAUUAUAAAUAUCCUGAUUUGCCUAUAAAUCGAUGUAAGGAAGAGGUUAUUUCUCUGAUAGAAAGUAAUUCUGUGGUGGUUAUACAUGGUGCCACGGGUAGUGGUAAAAGUACUCAGCUCCCACAGUAUAUCCUGGAUCAUUAUAUUCAGCGCUCUACCUACUGCAACAUUGUUGUGACCCAACCUCGGAAGAUAGGGGCCAGCAGUAUUGCCAGAUGGAUCAGUAAAGAGCGAGCCUGGACGUUGGGUGGACUGGUGGGCUAUCAGGUAGGGUUAGAGAAAAUAGCAACAGAAGACACCAAGUUAAUUUAUAUGACAACAGGGGUCUUGCUUCAGAAAAUUGUUAGUGCUAAGAGUUUGAUGGAAUUCACCCAUGUCUUCAUUGAUGAAGUACAUGAGCGAACUGAAGAAAUGGAUUUCCUGCUGUUGGUGGUCCGUAAACUUUUAAGAACAAAUUCACGUUUUGUGAAGGUAAUCCUCAUGUCGGCCACCAUCAAUUGUAAAGAGUUUGCAGAUUACUUUGCUGUUCCUGUUCAAAACAAGAUGAACCCUGCUUAUGUUUUUGAAGUGGAAGGAAAGCCCCAUUCAAUUGAAGAGUAUUAUCUUGAUGAUUUGGGGCACAUUCAUCAUGGCAGGCUCCCCCCUUGUGUCCUGGAGGAGCCAGUGAUUCCUAAGGACAUAUAUGAAGUUGCCGUCUCCCUGAUCCAGAUGUUCGAUGACUUGGACGUGAAGGAGAGAGGGAGCAAGACCUGGUCGGGUGCCCAGUUUGUGUUGGAGCGGAGCAGCGUGUUGGUGUUUUUGCCAGGUCUGGGUGAAAUAAACUAUAUGCACGAACUUCUCACAAACAUGGUUCACAAAAGGUUACAGGUUUAUCCACUACAUUCAAGUGUGACUCUAGAAGAACAGAAUAAUGUGUUUUUAAGUCCAGUUCCUGGGUACAGAAAGAUUAUCCUGUCCACCAACAUCGCAGAGAGCUCCGUCACUGUUCCAGAUGUCAAAUACGUUAUAGAUUUUUGUUUGACUAGAAUUCUGGUUUGUGAUGAAGAUACGAAUUAUCAGAGUCUGCGAUUGAGUUGGGCCUCUAAAACCAGUUGUAAUCAGAGAAAAGAAUUAGGUGACAAUUUUUGUACGUAA